AUGGGCCAGAUAAUUCACACCGACGAAUUUGGAGCCACGCGUGUUCUUUCACACAGUGAGGCAGAGCCGGCGCUAGCACAGAGCAGACGCAUAUUAGGUGGAACAAAUAUCGAUGGCUCUCUUCAAAAGUACACAUUCCUUCAGACUUUGAGCCCCUGGCCCAGCAUAACACCAAACGGUUGGAAGAUAGCCGGCAACUCAUACUUGCGCAUGCUCCUCCGCUUCACAUCUCCUGGGGUUCUCUAUGCAAUACUCGCCGGCGCAGUCACCAUGGGUUGUGCCCAGGGUAUGGGCGUUACGAUUGCCCUUUCUGAGCUGAUUACGUCGUACCUUGGCACUGUUCCCGCCGCCCUGGUUGCGCUCCUCUAUUCCGGUUGGGUCGCUGAUAAGGUUUCUGUCUUUCUGGCAAAGCGAAACGAUGGUGUACACAGACCCGAGAUGCGAUUAAUUCCGCUCAUCUUCCCAUUCAUUGUGGGACUCGUAUCUUUAAUGGUCUAUGGCGUGUGUGUCGAGUAUCCCGGACGAUACACCUGGGUCGGACCUGUUUUGGCCUGGAACAUCUACAUGUUUACGUUUGUCAGUGUUCUGGUCCUGGUGACUACAUUCGCGGCCGAGAUCAGGCCUCUGGAUCCCGGUCCAGCGCUGGUAGUCGCUGCUGCCAGCAAGAACUUUAUUUCCUUCAGUAUUCAAUACGGAAUGGUUCCGCUAGUGGACUCUCAAGGAUAUCUCUGGGCUAUGGGCAUAUUGGCCAUCAUAUUCGCUGGCUCCUUUCUACUUGGAAUCCCGGUCUACUUCUUCAAUCCAGCUGGAGGGCACGUGCAACACGGAAGAAGCAGGCUGGCCACAUGUUUAGCGAACAGGAUAUAUACUAUAACGCUUGAUACUCUGCCCGCGGGUUCCAAAUAG